UCAACACACAAAUGUGUCAUUUCCUUUCUUCAUGGACCAGAUGCUGAAAUACUAUGUGAUAAAGAUUUUAGGUCUCAAUUGUAAAGAGAGGGAAGUGGAUAAAUCAGUGCUGCUGUCUUUAGGACAAACGAAGUAUGGAACCGUGGGAUAGGUUUCCCGAUCACCAGGAUGAUGCUGAUAGCUGCUCAGAAUCUGUGAAGUUCGACGCCCGCUCCAUGACAGCCUUGCUUCCUCUGAAUCCUAAAAAUGGUCCUACCCUUCAAGAGAAACUGAAGUCUCUCAAAGCUGCACUGAUUGCCCUUUAUCUCCUUGUGUUUGUAGUUCUCGUGCCUAUCAUCGGAAUAAUGACAGCACAAGUCCUGAAGUGGGAAAUGAAGAAUUGCACAGUUGGUUCAAUUAAUGCAAACGAUAUGUCUCAAAGUCUCGCAGGAAAAGCAAAUGACAGUGAAGAAGAAAUGAGAUUUCGAGAAGCUGUAAUGGAACAAAUGAACAACAUGGAGAAGAGAAUCCAAUUUAUUUCAGAUGCAGAAGCCAAUCUCAUAGAUUCAGAGCAUUUCCAAAAUUUUAGUCUGGUGACUGAUCAAAGAUUCAAUGAUGUUCUUCUCCAGCUGAGCACCUUGGUUUCCUCAGUUCAGGGACAUGGAAACGCAAUAGAUGAAAUCUCCAAGUCAUUAAUCAGUCUGAAUAUCACAUUGCUUGAUUUGCAGCUCAAUAUUCAAACACUGAAUGGCAAAGUCCAAGAGAAUACAUUUAAACAUCAAGAGGACAUGAGUAGAUUAGAGGAGCGUGUGUACAAUGCAUCAGCAGAAAUUAUGUCUAUGAAAGAAAAACAAGUGAAUUUGGAACAGGAAAUAAAAGGAGAAGUGAAACUACUGAAUAAUAUCACUAAUGAUCUCAGACUGAAAGAUUGGGAACACUCUGAGACGUUGAAAAAUAUCACUUUAAUUCAAGGUCCUCCUGGACGCCCAGGUGAAAAAGGAGAUAGGGGUCCUGCUGGAGAAAGUGGUCCACGAGGCAUUCCAGGUGCAAUAGGUCCUCCAGGUCCCAAAGGUGAUCGGGGAGCAAUUGGCUUUCCUGGAAGCCGAGGAUUCCCAGGACCAAUGGGGAAGACCGGGAGGACAGGAAAUCCUGGACCCAAAGGCCAGAAGGGGGAAAAAGGGAGCGGAAGCAUGCUAACUCCACCUAAGACCGUACGAUUGGUUGGUGGUAGCGGUCCUCAUGAGGGCAGAGUGGAGAUUUUCCACAGUGGCCACUGGGGCACGGUCUGUGAUGACCACUGGGAGCUACGAGGUGGACAGGUCGUCUGUAGAAGUUUGGGUUACCAAGGUGUUCAAGCUGUGCAUAAGGGAGCUUACUUUGGACAAGGUACCGGUCCAAUCUGGCUGAAUGAAGUGUUUUGUUUUGGCAGAGAAUCAUCUAUCGAAGAAUGUAAAAUUAAACAGUGGGGUGCGAGAGUCUGUUCACACUCUGAAGAUGCUGGAGUCACUUGCGUUUUAUAAUGUUUCGUUUUCUUCCACAUUUAUGAAACCACUGUUGCAAAAUGAUUUUAUAAGUUUGCUCCAUUAAAAUCGGUCCAGUGAAUAUUUAGGAGAUUAGGAAUCUUGUCUAAAGAAAAGGAAUUGUUUAAAAUCACUGGUUAAACAUACUGAACGCUGUCACACUUCCUAUAUGUCUAUAUUUAAACCAUUUCAACUUCUUUAGGUUUUUAAAUGGAAUUUCUAACAUAACGACAUGCAUCAAAAGGAACGGAUUAAAGUCUAAGGCUUCUGGAUUAUAAAUGCCAAUGAUAAUGGAAACACCUUCCAAUCAUUGACCUCAGCUGAUACCUUCACAAGAUGACAAGUUUUGUCAUUUUUGUCUUCUCUGUAAUCUUUUGAGUUGAUUUUAAUUAAAUUACUGUCUUAAUAAUGAGAGGAUUGGGAAGAGGUUUUUUGUGCCAAGUUUGCAAAAUCUCUAACCAUACACGUUUGUUGAGGAAAAAUUUUACCCGGCCAUCAAAUUCUCUGAAUGUGCAAUAACUUGGCUGUUAGAUAGCAAUGUUCAUGACAUACUUUGGCCAUGAUGAAAAACUUAUCAGAAGAUUUACAGGUCAAUACAGGUCAGUAAUAUGAUGAUAAAGAAAAACAACACGAUUAUUUUAUGUGUUCAUGUAUUGACAGUUUUACUUUUUAUUUGUUACUUUGUUUGUCUGAACCAUAAAUUAGUUAAAAGCAGAGCAUCUGAGAGAAGGUACAGACCGCCAUCACUAUAUGUGUGUUGAUAACUGGUGGAUCAAACAUGUCGUUUUCAACAUGGAGCUCAGUUUUUUAUGCAUUUUAAAUUAAGUUGAAUAGUUGUUAUAAUUCUAAGACACUGUGUUUGAAAUGUAAAUACAUGCAAUCAUUCUAUUUUAAAUAAUAGCAUGCACAUGUCUUGAGCACAGAAGCAAGUUUCAGCCACCCUUCUUUGGAAUCUUUCAUGAAGUCCCUCAACAAUUACAACCAGCAAAAGAGAGGUAAGACAGAGAGAUAGAGAGAUCUUCAGCCCUAAAGGGUCUGUGACCCUAACUAGUAGUCUAUCACCAGGUCUGUCUAUGCAGGUCUAGUCUGUCUUAGAGUGUGAAAGGCCACCAGGAACCCAGGGCCUGUACCCUACUAAGUAUACAGCCAGAAAGACCAGUGACUGCUAUCGAAGCCAAGCCAAAUCCAAUCGAGCCCUGAGAAGAACAUACUCUUUCAAGUUUCCUAAGCCCAACCCAGAGGGACACAUGAUUAGAUAGUGGUACUACUAUGGAAUGGCUCUACUAUUCCCUCUGUAAUGGUGAUAAGCAAAAAAGGGCUUAUGUAUUUUUUCAUAUCCUGAAGUCUCACUUCACAAAUGGUAACCACGUAGUAGAUUCCCUACUUCUCACUUGCAAAGGCAAAAAUGUUGUCUUGGAAAUGGAACUGUUGGAAAUGGCCUGUUGAAAUGGCCUUUUACCACGUUAUGUCCUUCUGCUUGUUAAACAUAGGAUGAUUUUCUCCAGUGUAAUUGUGACUAAGAGAAUGGAUUCUCAAGGUAGACAGACUGUCUAUAGAGCCUCGCUCUGCAUUCAUCUGGUUUAAUUCCUUGUGCUCAACUGCACCGUAUUUCCCUCAAAAGGCAAACAAGAUGGUAUGAAAAAGAAUCCUUGGGGCACAUGGGUGACUCAGUCAGUUAAGCAUCCAACUUUGGAUGCUU